AUGGGUGAGGAUGAGAUUGAUAAGAACAAAUUGCUGGUCACGGGACAUGAUUUAAGCAUAUUUAGCUAUGCAUCAAUCAUGGCUGCCACAUAUACAACUGAAGGCGUUCUUCUUGAUUGGCACAAGCGUUUCAGCAUAAUUGAAGGAAUUGCUCAAGGAUUGCUUUAUUUGCACAAAUACUCGAGAAAGAAAGUAGUUCAUAGAGAUCUAAAAGCUAGUAAUGUACUACUUGAUAAAAGUAUGAAUCCAAAAAUUUCUGAUUUUGGUAUGGCAAGGAUUUUCACACAUAAUGAACUUGAAGGAAAUACAGGCAGGAUUGUUGGGACACUUGGUUACAUGCCUCCUGAGUACGCAAUGAAUGGAGUUUUUUCCGUAAAAUCUGAUGUCUACAGUUUUGGGGUGUUAAUGCUUGAAAUCCUAAGUGGUAGGAAAAACAACAGCUUCUACAAUGAUGGUCGCGUACUCAAUUUAGUAGGAUAUGCGUGGGAGUUAUGGAAAGAAGGUGCAGGGCUACAACUAAUGGAUUCAAACUUGCGGGAUUCAUGUAAUAUGGAUCAGUUUUUAAGAUGCGUCAUUGUUGGUCUACUAUGCGUGGGGGAUAAUGCAGCCAAUCGGCCUACCAUGUCAGAGGUGAUAUCUAUGUUGACAAACGAAAGCGUGCCACUACCAGAACCUACAAAACCGUCAUUUUGUACGGAAGAAGUGAUCAGUGCUAGUGCUGCUAGUACUAUAGUUGGAGAAAAACAACAAAUUGUGUCAAUGAAUGGUAUGACCAUUUCCAAUAUCUAUGGACGUUAAAUGUACUGUGUGUAUGUGUGUUGCUAUGAGUUAUAGCACGUAGUACAGAGAUUUGAGAUGGACGAGAAUUUGGUAUAGGUCUUAGGGUAAGUCAUUUGGAACAAUAUUUUUUAGAGGACAAUAUU